CAAAGAGCCACCAUGCACAAAUCUAUCGUGAGAGCUUCGAAGUUCCGCCACACUUACGGCCAAGCGUUGAAGAAGGAGAAUUGUUAUGAUAAUGUUCGAAUCACAAAGUCAUCGUGGGAUUCAAAUUUCUGCUGUGCCAACCCCAAAUUCAUAGCCAUAAUAACCGAACAAGCGGGUGGAGGCGCUUUCCUGGUUCUGCCCAUCAAGCAGGUCGGACGCGUUGAUCCGAAUGCUCCUCUGGUAGCAGGACACAAAGGUCCUGUACUCGAUAUCGCUUGGAGCCCCUUCAACGACAAUGUGAUCGCGUCCGCCUCAGACGACACCAUGGUUCGAGUGUGGAAUAUUCCGAACAUGGGGCUCAUCCGUACGAUGACCGAUCCUGUGGUCGAGUUGGCAGGUCAUCAGAGAAAGGUCCAAAGCAUACACUGGCAUCCAACGGCUCUGAACGUACUCCUUAGUGUUGGUGCUGACUGUAAGCUGAUCAUCUGGAACGUCGGAACGUCAGACAUUCUCUCCGUUAUCGAUCAUCCAGACAUUGUGUUCAGCUUGUGUUGGAACUGGGAUGGGAGUCGUGUGGUCACAACCUGCAAAGACCGGAAGAUCCGGGUCUACAACCCUCGGACCGGGGAGGUAGAGUGCGAGGGCGAAGGUCACGAGGGGGCGAAGCCGCAAAAAGCCAUUUAUUUGAGAGACGGAUUGAUUUUCACCACUGGAUUCUCGAAAAUGUCAGAAAGACAAUUCGCUCUCCGUGUUGAAAGUUCCCUUGGCGAACCUGUUAUGAUGGAUGAGCUGGAUACGAGCAACGGAGUUUUGUUUCCGUACUACGAUCCGGAUGUGAAUCUCGUCUUCCUCUGCGCCAAAGGCGACAGCAAUAUCCGAUACUUCGAAAUCACGGACGAACCUCCAUUCGUCCACUAUAUCAGCACUUAUCAAUCUUCGGACCCCCAACGAGGCAUGUGCGGUAUGGUCAAGCGCGGACUAGAUUUCUCUCAAUGCGAGAUCGCGCGCUUCUACAAAUUGCACACCAAAGGGCUCUGUGAGAUAAUCUCCUUCACUGUUCCGAGAAAGUCCGAUCUCUUCCAAGAAGAUCUGUACCCAUUGACUCCCGGGGAUGUCCCUGCGUUGACUGCUGACGAAUGGAUCUCCGGAGAGAAUCGAGAGCCUAUACUGAUCAAUCUGAAGGAUGGUUACCAAGCCAAACAGAAAGAAUUCCAGGUAUCGAAACCAAAGUCAAAAUCGAACAUCCUCGACAGGCAGGAGACCCGUCCGACGACCGCCGCCGGCGACGCUUCGGGUGGACGAAUUGAACACCGGGAAGCGACCGUGGUCGAGACCCCAUCGGGAAUCUCUGAGGACAAGUACAACGAGCUCGUAGACGAGGUGAAGUUGUUGAAGGCGGUUCUCAUGAAGCACGAGAGACGAAUUCGCGAACUGGAGGAUUUUUCUGGUUUGAAUGCCAAACGGGUGGAAGUCGCGGCUCAAGAAAAGCUCAAAAGUGAAGCCGAAGCGAACAACAACAACAACGUUACCACGACCGAAAAUAGCGGCGAAGUCAAGUCCGAGAAGCAAUGAGUCGUCUCCGAACGAGGGCAACUUCACACCAAGCUUCACAAGUACCAAGCGACGUUGCCUCUUCUUACCUCUUUCGAGAUGGUACUUGGAACCUCAACGCGCACAUGGUCGACCCAGGAAGACCAUAUUUAUGCAAUAGUGGAAUGCGAUGCAAUCGAACUCGGGCGAUGCCGAAGUGCUGGACACGAUAGGUAUGGUUCGGAGUGACCGAAAGGAAAAUCUAGCAACGUGGCGUAGAAUCACUCUUCGAUUCCUUCGGAACUGUUUCCAUCUGAGGAAGUGCGCUCAUUUUCCGCUUCGGGAGGCUUCUCCCCUCAUUCUCCCCGCCUCAUCCCAUCCUGGAAGUACAUAUUUGAGUCGCCUAUUCGGAUUCUCCAUCCGUCAUCGCUUCCCUCCCAAAGCUUUGAUGGACAAGCUCCUGGUAACAGGAUACUCGAACGAGGAGAGGUGGCGUCCUCACGGAACGGAGGAGAACGAGUCGAGACCACUUAGAACUCGGAUCCAUCCGAGACUUUAACUUGAGUUUCGAGAUCUUAUUUAAGAAUCACAAAUCAUCAUUGGAAUGCCCACAUUCAUGCCGGAGCGUCACAUUUAUCGGUUCCCUUUUCUCUCCCUGAUAUACUAUUUUUGAUUUAUUCUAUUCAUCAUCCAUUCAUCCAAUCAAUCGUGCAUUCAUGUGGAGCUUAGUUGGCGUUCUGCCCCUUCAGCACAUAUUAUCGAAGUGUCGCGCGUCGCGGAGCCGUUGCGCCGAAGAACUCGACCGAUCCGUGGCCGUUGGAUUCGAGAGCUUCAGUCCAGUCGCUCCGAACCCAAGAUAGUAUGGUCAGAUCGAAGGACUGUUAAUGAGACCGAAGGAUGACUCGACUAAUAAAUCGAUUUUUGAUCA